CCCAACGUCCCUCCCUUUUUGUUCACUUCACUGUGAUUGGAGUUAAACUAACCAGAUUGAAGGAAUGUCCGGAACAGCAAUUUCGAAGCUUCUUAGAGAGCCUCGUCUCGUCAAUCGAAAAUUUCAGGCCAGGCCUCAACAUGAAGGUGUUGGAGCCGUUGUUCGUCGAAGCAUCGGACGGUUUGAGUUGAAAUACUUCGAUCCUUUUCUCGCCUUAGAUGAAUUCUCAGUUUCUGCUCCUGCCGGAUUUCCCGACCAUCCACACAGAGGGUUCGAGACGGUUACAUACAUGUUGCAGGGAGCUGUUACCCACGAAGAUUUUGAGGGGCACAAGGGUACGAUAAGAGCCGGCGAUUUACAGUGGAUGACCGCCGGAAGAGGGAUUGUGCACUCGGAAAUGCCGGCAGCCGAAGGAACUCAAAAGGGUCUACAAUUGUGGAUCAAUCUUUCUUCACAACACAAAAUGAUUGAACCAAGAUAUCAAGAGAUACAAAGCAAAAAUGUUGCUGAAGCAGAAAACGAUGGCAUCAAAGUGAGAGUGAUAGCAGGCGAGGCCUUGGGAGUAGAAUCACCCAUUUACACAAGGACGCCAACAAUGUAUUUGGAUUUCACUCUAAAGCCAGGGGCUCAUCUCCAACAACCGAUCCCACCAACCUGGAACUCAUUUGUCUACGUCUUAGAAAGCGAAGGCAUCUUUGGCAGUCUGAAAUCCCCAUCGACUACACCCCAUCAUCUUCUUCUUUUGGGUUCCGGGGAUGGUGUUGAAGCAUGGAACAAGUCUUCCAAGCCUCUGAGAUUCAUCUUGGUUGGAGGGCAACCGUUGGGCGAACCUGUGGCACAGUUUGGGCCUUUUGUCAUGAACACUCAAGAAGAGAUUGACAAAACAAUUGAUGAUUAUCAGCAAUACACCAAUGGAUUCGAGAAAGCCAAGAAUUGGAGAUCACAAUCCAUGCUUGAACUUGAUUUGUAAUUUGCUUCAGAUUUAUAAUUUAUAAUUUCUUGCUCCUGCUUGUUUUCAGGAGAAGAAAAUAAACAGCGGAUAGCAUAGGGUCGCUAUUGUAAGUCUCUGAAGAUUACAGUACACAAUGUCUUUUACUUUAUUACUGGUAAAAUGAUUAUAUGAAUCUUGAAAUUUGUUGAAA